UAACUUCUAAGCGGAAGUGGUUCGUCGUUGGUUGUAGCAACAUGGCGUCACACUGUAGAGCAUGUGUAAACAAGUAGCUGGCUCUUUAAUUUAAACAUAUUUCUGGAGGAUUUAGAUCGUAUCCUUUCCCACGAGCUCUAAUGGCCCUCGGGACGUGCGGCCGGUUCCUCCGGGGCUGUUCUUUCCUCUCCGCGCGGGCCACAGUCUCUGCUCUGCAGGAAAGUGCGUCAUGUUUUCUGACAGCAGGAAAUGUUGGCUGCACCCGCCGAGGGAGGACUGGAUUCCUCUUCACUCCUGCCUGUUUUAUUUCAUCAGAGGCGUUCCUCAGCCGGCUAAAGGGAGGUAAAGUGGCAGACGGCAGCGCUCUCCGUCUCCCUGCAUCGGUUCCAGCAGACGGAGGGGAGCAGUUGUCUUUGCUGAUGAGACACCCCGAUCAGCCUCAUGAGCCAAAGGUUUUAAAAGUUGCGGUGAUCGGAGCUCCAAACGCUGGCAAGUCCACGCUGUCCAACCAGCUCCUCGGCAGAAAGGUGUUUGCUGUGUCCAAGAAGGUGCACACCACACGGGCGCGAGCACUGGGUGUUCUGACGGAGAACAACACACAGAUUAUUCUGCUGGACACUCCUGGUCUCACCCCUCCAUCAAAGGCCAAAAGACACCAGCUGGAGAAGUCUCUGCUCGUGGAUCCCUGGAACUCCGUCAAGGAAGCUGACCUGAUGGUUGUCCUGGUGGAUGUGGCGGACAGAUGGGCGUGCAGCAGGAUGGACGUGGAGGUGCUGAAAUGCUUGGCCCAGCACCCACAAAUCCCAGCAGUCCUUGUCCUGAACAAGGUGGACUUGGUGAAAGCCAAGGACAGACUGUUGAAUAUCACAGCCCAUCUGACCUGCGGGGUGGUCAACGGACGCAAAAUGCGGAUCAGGCCAAUUAUCAAGCCUCCUUGGGCAGAAAAAAGGCUGGAGAGAGAUUCGGAGUGUAGUUCUGAAGACAACGCAGAGCAGAGUUCAUCGGUGAGGAACCAGCAGGGCUGGCCUCACUUCAAGGACGUGUUCAUGCUGUCGUCUGUGGACAGCGAGGACGUGGAGACGCUGAAGAGCUACUUCAUGGCUGCAGCCAAACCUGGAGCGUGGCAGUACCACAGCGAGGUUCUGACCGACCAGAGUCCAGAGGAAGUCUGCACCAAUCUCAUCAGAGAAAAGCUCCUGGAGUAUCUGCCACAGGAAGUGCCCUAUUCACUCACACAGACAAUUGAACUCUGGCAAGAAGGAAUGGACGGGGAGGUUGAUAUUUCUGUGAAGCUUUACACAAAGAAAGAGUCUCACAUGAAGAUGGUGAUCGGAGCUUCAGGACAGAUGGUGGCGCAGAUCGCUCGUGAGGCCGGCGAGGACUUGAGCCGCGUCAUACUGAGGGAGGUGCGGCUAAAGAUUACCGCCAAGCUGAAGAAGUGACAAAGAUGGAGGACUUUUACAGGAAGAAACCAACAUUUUGAAGGCUUCAUCUUCAGUGGAAGCAGGAGUUUUAUGUUAGUCCGUCUCUCCCACAUCACCUGAGUGUUUAGCAGACCACUGCAAAUACCCCCUUGUUGUCGUCUGCUGCUUCCUUCUUCCCGCUCUGCCCCUGAGGCUGAACCGCGUCUCUAAUGGAUGGCUGGAUGGCAAAGUGCAGCAAUAACCCAAUACUAAAACGGCUCUGCUAUCCAGAAAACUUGUACAGUGAGGUGGGCGGAGUUCCUCUCAAAAAGCUGCGUCUAACGGCUGCUCUCCUCUGAUUAAACGUCUUUUUUUUUAAAUAAUGAAGCGCACAUGUGAGAGUCCAGAAACUUUAUUUAAAAGACAAAGACAGACAUUUCAGCAGCUCCUGUGACGUCUUCCUCCUGGUUCCGAUGCCUGUGAGCAAAGGCCGUAGAACCCUUACCAUUACUAAACUCAGUAAUGGUAACGGUUUGACGGCCCUCCUCUGUGUUGGUCCUGCGUUUUGGUGGCGGUUUGAUGCAGCAGAGGUGGAAUGAAACCCUGGAUAGUACAUCAUCUAUACUGUAGUGUCUCUUUAUUAAACUUACAGUAUAAGAUGAUAUCCUGUCCAGGGCUCCAGAUGGAGCGGCACCUGAAACGCAGUGCUCGGGGCCGUCUCGCCGGACCUGUGGUUCUGCUCCAGCUCGCGCUCCUCGAAGGCGUCUGCUCCACGACUCCUUUCUGCUCCUGCCGUUAGGCAGCAACACUUUAAAGCCCCCCCCGGGCUCAUUUGCAUACGUGAUGACAUCUGUGGCGGACCAGACAGGACUCCUUAUCUGCUCGCACCCUGAUUGCUUCAGUCCAGAGCGGCCUACGCCCUUUAUUACACCCGGCUGGAGGUGGCAUUGAGUUCACAGAAAUGUCCUUCCUGUUGUCUGUUUGUGUUUGUCUGUCAGCCGCAAUCUUUGAGUCAAAUAAACAGUUUUAAUGCCUCA